GAUAAGAUAUGAUCAACCUGACCUGAUCUUAUCUUGUAUUUCUCUGUGGCUCCCUUGACUUCGCACCCCCUCAACCUCUGGUGAAAACGGACAUACAAACACUCUAUCCGGCGUGUCUGGAUCUCAGCAGUCAUGGGCACUACCUCCAUUCGUUCAUCAUCGCGCUCGACACCUUCUUCUCCAAGUUCUCGCGGCAGAAAAUUCUCAUACCUUCACAACAAUGACUUGACUCUGACGUUGGUUCUCUCUCUGGGGCUUCUCGCCAUGUCCUCUUUCAACUACGGGUUUGACGUACAAGCAAUGGCUGCAGCCCAAGCCAUCGACUCAUUCGACAAGCAAUUUGGUAUCUACUCCAAGAAGACUCAGAAAUGGAAGCUCCAGCCGUACUUCCUGUCUCUUCUGAAUAGUUGCCACGCUCCGGCACAGAUAGCGGGUACUGACUCCAUAUCAACAAUCUGGGGGCGAUGCUGGUUGGUGUGGUACUGAUCGGCUUCAGGAGUCUACGUUGGUAGCGUCAUCAGCAACCGAUACGGUCGGCGAAUGUGUGUGUUUGUCAUGAGCCUUUACGCAUUGUUCAGCUCAGCCAUCAUUCUCUCGUCCAACACAAAGGCCCAGAUCCUGGUUGGGCGAACCAUUCACUGUCCGUUGACCUGUCUUACAUUGCGCUGUGGGCCAACGUUCUAAUUCCACUUCAGACUGUUACCUUGGGAUGGAAUUGGCCGUGGUGCCAACCACGCUCGCCGAAUUGUCACCUCCACGCUUCAGAGGUUCCAUGGUUGGUCUGUACUGGUUGAGCAUCAAGGUUCGAUCCAAUGUCGGCGUUGGCCCCUGCCCCCGCCCGUCUAACAGUGAUGUUGAAGGUAGGAGGCUUGAUCAUCAGUGUCAUUGCGAAGCGGACGUCUCAAUUGAAUACAAACUGGGCCUGGCGGAUUCCUUUUACCCUUUUCUUCAUCAUUCCCACCAUCGUGGCGAGCUUGAUCUGGCUCCUUCCCGAGUCCCCAAGGUGGCUUGUACUACGCAAUCGACAUGACGAUGCCGUAAAGUCGCUCCAACGCUUACGAAAGCCAGAGACAUCCGAGGCUCAGCUGAUGGCUGAAGUUAACGAACUCGAGACAGCAGUAGCACAACAGCCUCAGAAGGGCAAGUUCUUGGAGAUUUUCAAGGGUACACACUUACGGCGAACCAUGAUUGCUUGUGUGGUGAACUUCUUCCAGCAAGCCAGCGGCCAGUCGUUCUCCUCUCAGUACGGCACACUGUUCGUCAAGGGCCUCGGAGGUGUCGACGCAUUCACAGUAAACAUGGUCAAUAAUGCCGUGAAUGUUAUUGGGAUUUUGAUAUGCUUACUUCUCAGUGACAGACUGGGACGGAGACCCAUGAUUCACGUCAGCGGAUUGUUGCAAGUUGGAGCAUUGUUCGCUAUGGGAGCCCUCGGCGUCCACGUCCAUGAUACCCUUCCAGAACGACGAGGCAUAGUCGCCAUGCUUCUGGUUUUCUCAUUCGGUUAUUCCCUCGGAUGGGCCCCUCUGACGUACCUCAUUGCCGCGGAGGUGCCCUCGCUGGCAUUACGCGAGCACACGUUGCGUCUGGCAUACACCAUUAAACUGGUCACAGAAUGGGCUGUAAGCUUUACUUACCCGUACUUGGAGGAUGGCCAAUACGCUGGCUUGGGAAGUAAGCUUGGCUUUAUAUACGGCUCGUUUGCUGCUCUGGCGGUUAUUUGUGGUUACUUCCUUGUCCCGGAAACACGAGACCUCGCCCUGGAAGAGAUUGACUGGCAGUUUAGUACUGACGUACCGACACGGAAGAUCCGAAGUAUCAAUUAGAUCCAUGUCGGAGGCCGCAAUCAGCGAGAAGUACACGGCCGAGCAGUUGGCAGAGGUGGUUGAUGAGAACCCUCUGUUCAAGUAUGCGUACCAAACGUCAGCUACGACUAGUCCAGAAACUCGAGUCGGACCAAAGAUCGCGGGAGCAGGACACACAUGUGCUUGCCCAUCGCCGCUUUCUUGAACACCGUCGAUAGGACUUUGUUGGUGUGUAGUUUUGGACCACCUGCCAUGAACCCCAUAGAGCCUCAAUGCAUCAUUAGCCAACAUGGUGCGGUGCAUGCGCCAGAGACUAAUUUGCUUUACGCUGGAGAGAAAACCAGAAGUAAGACAGGACGGCGUUGUGCGCGUUCCACCGCCUUAUGACACGUCGAUUAUGUAUGGACUUGUUACGAUUAGGUGAGCACCUUAGCGAAUACAGUACAUAGAUAUCGGACCGGAUAUGCAGAUCGCACAACUCGACUACACCUUCUACUGACAACGUCU